CAGAGUUCAGAAGGACCCCAGAUAAGUGCAGAUUCCUAAGGAUGGUAUUUUUCCUCUCUCUUGGUCUUGGGACUCCUGUUUUUCUCAAUUACGAAGGGUAUGGGCCAAAGGGUUCCAAAUAAGUUCAUAAAUUUUAACUUCUGUUCCUAGUUUAGGUUUGUCUCCACAGAUUUCCACUUGGCUGGCAGUCACCUCGAAGCUUCAGUUGCUGACUCCACUGCUCCAGACGACUGUGAGCUCCGGACUUGCUAAAAAAUGAUGUGGACCUGUCCAGGCAACUGAAAGCCAGAAGACUCCCCCAGUCAUAUGUGAUAAUUGACAGCUGGAGCUGAAGUCUGGACCUCCUGAUGAACCACUGCAUCAGCCACUAUGAAGCAUCCUUCCUAGGUGGCCUCUUCCCUCCACUCCCUCCAAGGUCUGCCAUCAGCAGUGUCUGCACUUUCCCAAGAGCAGCAGAAAAUGAGCCGGUCAAAGGGGCUGGUGUCAUUCAAGGAUGUGGCUGUGGCCUUCACCCAGGAUGAGUGGCAGCAGCUGGGCUCUGAGGAGAAGACAACAUACAGGGAUGUGAUGCUGGAGAACUACAGCAACCUCGUCUCUGUGGGGUAUGACGUUACCAAGCCAAAUGUGAUUAUUAAGUUGGAGCAGGGAGAAGAACCAUGGUUGGUGGAAGUUGACCGCCAUGCACAGAGUCAUUUGGAAAUCAGUAAAGUUCAAGACACCAUAGAGAAAAUCCAAGAAAAUGAAGACAAACAUAUGAGGCAAGCUGAUGAUCUCAAUAGCCAAAGACCAGAGAAGGGGGAUGCAUUUGAUACAACUUAUAACCUAGAACCACACCUCAUUUCUUCAAGCACAGCAGCUCACAGUUGUGUCUCCUGUGGGAAGACUUUGGAACCUAUUUCAGAAUUAAUUAGUAGUGAUGGAAGGUAUACAUUAGAGAAGCCCAACAAGUGUAUUGAUUGUGGGGAAACAUACAGAGAGAAAGCGGAUGACUUUAAUCCGACUUCUCAACAUGAUGAAAGUAUUCUGCAGAAAAUUACCAUUUUGGAGAAACCCUUUGAUUAUGGGUGCAUGGAAGCCUUAGACAGUGAAACUGUUUUCUUGGCUCAUGAGAGAGCUUAUAUGGGGGAGAAGCCCUAUGAAUGGGAUGAUUCUGGACCAGACUUCAUUCAGAUGUCAGAUUUCAAUGUAUACCAGAGAUCACAAAUGGAAAUGAAGCCCUUUGAAUGUACGCAGUGUGGGAAAUCCUUUUGUAAAAAGUCCAAAUUCAUCAUACAUCAGAGAGCUCAUACAGGAGAGAAACCAUAUGCAUGUAAUGUGUGCGGAAAGUCCUUUAGUCAAAAGGGAACCCUCACUGUACAUCGGAGAUCACACCUAGAGGAAAAACCUUAUAAGUGUCAUGAAUGUGGGAAAACCUUCUGCCAGAAGUUGCAUCUCACGCAACAUCUGAGAACUCAUUCAGGAGAAAAGCCCUAUGAAUGUAGUGAGUGUGGGAAAACGUUCUGCCAAAAGACACACCUCACUUUACACCAGAGAAAUCAUUCCGGGGAGAGGCCCUAUCCAUGUAAUGAAUGUGGGAAAUCCUUCUCCCGGAAGUCUGCCCUCAAUGACCAUCAGAGAACACACACAGGAGAGAAGCUCUAUAAGUGUAAUGAGUGUGGUAAAUCCUACUACCGAAAGUCCACUCUCAUUACACACCAGAGAACACACACAGGGGAGAAGCCCUAUCAGUGUAGUGAGUGUGGGAAGUUCUUUUCUCGGGUAUCAUAUCUCACCAUACACUAUAGGAGCCAUUUAGAAGAGAAACCAUAUGAGUGUACGGAAUGUGGGAAAACCUUCAAUCUAAACUCAGCUUUCAUUAGGCAUAGGAAGGUACAUACAGAAGAGAGAGUACUUGAGUGUAGUGAAUGUGGGAAGUUCUCCCAGCUGCAAUAUCUUCCUGGUCACACAAAUGACUUAGGAGAGAAACACUAUGAAUGUAAUGAGUGUGGGAAAACCUUCCUUGAAAAUUCAGCCUUCAAUGGACACCAGCCCAUUCCAGAAAGUGAAAAAACUUAUGAAUGUAAUAUAUGUGGAAAGUCAUUCUCUGAUUUGUCAUGCUAUACUGUACAUUACAGAGGUCAUUCAGAAGAGAAACCCUUUGGCUGUAAUGAAUGUGGGAAAACCUUCUCUCAUAAUUCAUCCCUCUUUAGACAUCAAAGAGUACAUACAGGUGAAAAGCCGUAUGAAUGUUAUGAAUGUGGAAAAUUCUUCUCUCAGAAGUCAUAUCUCACUAUUCAUCACCGGAUCCAUUCAGGAGAGAAGCCCUAUGAAUGUAGCAAGUGUGGGAAAGUCUUCUCUCGGAUGUCAAACCUCACUGUACACUAUAGAAGCCAUUCAGGAGAGAAACCUUAUGAAUGUAAUGAAUGUGGGAAAGUCUUUUCUCAGAAGUCAUACCUCACUGUACAUUACCGGACUCAUUCAGGAGAGAAACCUUAUCAAUGUAAUGAAUGUGGGAAAAAAUUCCAUCACAGAUCAGCCUUCAAUAGCCAUCAGAGAAUUCAUAAAAGAGGGGAUAUAAAUGUACUCAAUGUGGAAAAUCUCUGACAUCUCAAUUCAAAAACCAAACAUUUGGUUAUAAUGAACAUUGGAAGUUCAAUAGGGAGUCAAGGGUGGAUUUUCCCCCCAAUUUUUAUAUUUGUGGUGCUGGGAAUUGAAUACAGGGCCUUUUGCAUGCUAUAGAUGCUCUAUACAGAGCUGCACCCCAGUGAUUCAUAAGUAGAGCAUCCGUGAGCUUUGAGAAGUCCUAAAACAAAAUCUACUUUAACCUGAAUUUUCGGAGAAGAAUCUGUAGAAAUUCAGCAAGAAGCAAACCAUGACCAUGUAACUCACGGGACACUAGAUAAUUUUUACAGGAGUGAAACUUUCAAAGUAUUUAAUAUUUAUUUUUGAUUUAAAUUGUAUUUACAUAUCAGGGAGUCUUCCUAAGAAAUGUCAAUAAGGUGACUAUGUAACACACUUUGGAAACAAGCUAAAAGCCAUAUUUGUAAUGUAAAAGCAGGUGUUUAUAGAAAAUAUAUGCAAGAAGUUAUAUGUUCUGAAUAAACUUAUAAAAGGAA